AUGCCGGGAGCUAAAAGUUCCCGAAAAGGCCUGAAAAUAUGUUGCGGUACGACCUUCGUUUUGUUGAUCGUCCUCGCAUUUGUUUCUGUGACCCUGUAUUUUACCAUGUUUAAGCCUAAACAACCUCAAGUCACAGCCCACGCAGUAAGCCUUGAAAACAUUGAAGUCCAAAUCUUCCCAGCUUUUAGCCUCAAUGUCACGAUAGGCUUGGUUGUUACAAUCAACAAUCGCAACUACGGAAGCUUCAAAUACCAGAAUUCAACUUCUUAUAUCGAUUACCAUGGAACAAACAUAGCAGAGGUUCUGAUUGAAGGUGGAACUGUCCCUGCACGCCGGAAAUACAACUUGAGCACUUACGCUAAUGUUGCUGCUGGUAAGUUGAUUACUGACUCACAUUUCUUGAGUGAUCUUAUUGCUGGGAGUUUCAACUUGACAUCCACGGCUACUUUGCACGAGUCUGGAGUCCAACUGCCAUUCGAAAAUCAAAUUGUGAUGUUGGUAGAGAGAGUCCUUGCUUCUUGUUGCUUUCCGUCGCUGGGGUUAUGUUUGGAUGGUAUGACGAUGAUUCUUGUGGCACUUUUGUUUGUGCCGAAAUAA